AUGGGCUUGAUAUCACGGCCGCCGUCGCUGUUACGGCCAUUACGUGUCAAGCGACUGCCGAAUCAAUUGUCGCUGCGACUGUUUACGCAGAAGCACCCGCUCCUUCUCAUCACACGCACAUCGUCACCUCGACCGCAACUUCCGUAUCUGUCGCAACCUUCCCGGAGUGCCUUCGUCCCGAGACAGACGGCGCGUUUCUUGACAACAGAAAACAAGAACUAUGUCAAAGAGCAGGUCUGGCUGGCUGCCAAAUGGUCUGCUGUAGGAUGGUCCUUCUUUCUUCUCGGAGUCGUCGCUCUUUACGGCAUCAACCAAGAGGUGCUGGAGCGCAAGACCCCGUCGCCCGAUGAAUGGUCCUUUUUCUCGCGUAAUCACUUCCGAUGUGCCAAUGCCGCUGUGAAGCCCGACCACGAAUACACCGAUUGGGCUCAGGUUGCGACUGAAUUCAGAAGAUGCUUGGAAAGAUUGGAGAAUGCUGAGAUUGAUGGAAAGGGGACCACCCCCCUGGCCCCUGGUCUGGACGACAUUCGCGGAAUCAACCCUUCGGCCUUUGACAUAUCGGAAAAGUCGUAUGCGUGGAAGGAGGGCUAUUUCCAGGUCGUCAUGCAAUGCGCCCGAGCUUCUGAACAUAUCGACAACAUGGUCCUUGACACUUCUCGUAAGAUCAUCUUCCCCAAAGAUGUCGUUGUCGGUCCAUCAAACCCCAAUCCUCGUCCUUGUCCUCCCGGUGCCGAGUCUGCCCCGCGUGAAGAGGAUUGCGAGAGAGCAUAUGCUCCUCCAGAGACUUUUUACCUCAAGGUCUUGACCGGUCUUGGCUUCUCCAGCCGUCAACGUAUCGAGGCCGCUCUUGCGUAUGCCAACUGGCUUGAGAUCAAGGGCCUGAAUGAUUCGGCUGAUGAGACAUACAAGUGGGCUGUCGACAUUGCUGCUUCUGCUCUGCCCGCAUCCGAUGCUGUCAUCAACAGCGACACCUCUAUCCUCCGUGUUCAGGAGGCCACUCCCCCCAGUCCCAAUCUCCUCCGCGCUGCAACUGCUCUUGCUACUCACCGUGCUCGCUCGGGCAACAUCACUUCUGCUCUCCCCAUCUUCUUGUCUGUCCUCCGUGCUCGCCACGCCUCUCCCAUCGACAUCGCGCCUCCUACCAGAUCGGAGUACAGACCUAUCUCUGUAUCCGACCCCACUAACACCGAUAUUGGCGCCUUCAUCAACAUCAUCAAAUCUUUAUUCACUCCUCCUACCUACCCUGCUGAGCCUCCAUCAGGCGACGAACCUUUCUUGCGCCAGCCAGCUUCUGUCCCAGACUGCACCGAAGCCGAACUCAUGCUCUAUAUUGGUGAAAUUCUCUUCGCAACCGCCUCCCCCGGCCGUGAAGAUGAAGGUCUUGGCUGGACGAAACAGGCUGUCGCAAUUGCUGAACACGGCGUCUCGCAUAACGAUGUCUUGCCUGAGAGUCGCGAUAAGUGCAAGGCAUGUCUCGAGACCGGCAUUGCCAACUGGGGUGCCAUGGUGACGAAGCUCUUGAAAGAAGCCAAGCCCAAGCCUGCAUCUUCAUCUUGGACAAGCUGGAUGUCAGGUAGCCAAUCAGAAGACAAGGAGUCGCAGUGGGAGGAUGAGUUGCGCGCCGUCGAGGAAACCCGCAUGAAUCUCAUUGCUCAAGGCAUCAACUCAAAGCUUGCUGCCGCUCCUCAGCGAACUGGCACCUUUAUUGGUUGA